AAUAAAGGAAAUCUUGCAGUGAGCAGGGUCUUAACGGAGUGCUUGUGAAGAGGGAGGAGGGAAGGGGUGUGGUAGGAGUGCUGUCAGAGAGAAAGAGCAGUGACAGAUUGCAAUGUGCCAGGCCAAACUCAAGAGCUUCUUUGUAGUGAAUGGAUUGAGAGGAGGCGUGUUCUCCCCUCACACAGCCCCAGCUCUCUGACAUCACUUGAUGCAGGAAAGGAAUUUUUGAGGAAAGCGAGAGAGAGAGAGAGAGGACAUUGUGAUACACUAUCAAGCUGCAGAAACGCAGGGGAGACUACAUCUGUCUUACUGCAUAUAUAAUCUGCUGAGGAUUUUGUUUGUGUGGGUGAAAAACUUUGACGAAGACAGCAGUACGAAGAAAUCUGCGCCCAGGCUCCUAGAGAAUGCCACUGAACUGAGAAAAGAAAAGAGCAGGAAACAAGCAGAUCCACCAAACACUCUUCCUGUAAUUCCUGGAGAAGAAAAUAAAAUGGAGAUCGAAGAGCAGCUUCAGGGAUCAAAGAGUGUUACCGUCAUCACCCCAAAGGUCACUGUAACAGAGCCUGCUGUUGGAGGUAACCAAACCGAUCACUUUGUUAACAAAGGGCGAAAUGGCAUUCAGAGUCGAGAUGAAUCCUUGGACAGCGAUGUGGCCAAAGAGAUCAGGUAUCUGGAUGAAGUUCUAGAAUCUAACUGCUGCGAGUCCGUGGUGGAGAAUGGCUCAAACACAGCGGCACCUUGCGAGCCAGUUUCAAUCGCAGUGGAUGGGCACGAUCCAUCUGUUAGUGUGACGUCAGAUAGUCCAGUGUCAGCUGCCAGCAAUGUCAUAACCGUUGUCAGAAAAGAGCCAGCUUUCAUCCACAUGGAGAAGGCGGAUGAGGUUAAGUCUAAUGGACAUUCUCCAAGUACCAGGAAGGUGGAAACUAGCCCUGAGUUGAACAAUGUGGCAAAGGAGCAGCAGAUAGACAGCUCCAGGAGGUUUUCGAAGGAUGGAGAGGUGGCAAUGAUCACCCUGAAAAAAGAAGCCAAGUUUGAGCUCCGAGCCUAUCAUGAAGACAAAAAACCCUCCAAGCUUUUUGACGACGACGAUGGAAAGGAAACCUACAAGAUUAAGAAAACCAGAGCAUCCGAUGAAAUAGCAGAACUGGAACGAGCGAGGCAGGAAGUCAUUAGAAGUCAGGCCGUGAAGAAGAACCCGAGUAUUGCAGCAAAGUGGAAUCCCCCGCAAGAGAAGCCAAUGGAGGCCCAUCUAGAUCCGGAUAAGCUUGAAUCGCACAAGAAGUACGCGGAACGUAAGCAGAAGAAGCAGGAUGGAGGUCUGUCCCCGGUGUCUCCCAAACACAAACACCACGUGUUUGUAGCACCCGAGCCUAUCAAUAUCAACCGAGAGGACAUUGUCACAGAACAGAUAGACUUUUCUGCAGCCAGAAGACAGUUUUUAAUGAUGGAGAAUACGUCUCAGCCCAGUACACAGUACAUGCACAAGCGACCAUUAACCACUAAAGGGGUCUCUAUAAAGCCGGUGGUAAAGAUGUCAGAACCGCCCAAGAAGGGAAGGAAUGUGGCUUCGGUUACAGUAAGUGAGUCAGCCCCUCUCCAAAGGGAGGCAGUGCAAAUAGAAGCAACUGAAGUAACUGUGGUCAAAGCUUGCAAAGUCAGUUUUGUACCUGAAGAGGGGCAAGAAUCUGGAAUUGAAAGGAUUUCUGUAUCACCACAAUCUACACCACAGAAGGAAGAGUGGGACGUGGGGCAAAGACUCCGAAUCUCCCCCGACCAGUGCAUCACUGUCAAUGCAACACAUGAUACAGUCAGCAACAGAUUGGUAGACGACGAAGGAUUUACCAGAGUAAGGGCUGUGUUGACGGUUCUAAAUGAUGAUGAUGACAAUGAUAUUUCUGACCAUUAUUCAACAUCUGUUAGUAUUCCUGUACCUCCAGAGGAACUGGAUUCUGGCUUGGAUGAUCUAUCCCUCCGAUCCCAGGACACGACAGUGCUGGAAACCCUUUCCAAUGACUUUAGUAUUGACAAUAUCAGUGACAGUGGGGCUUCAAAUGAAACCAUGAAUGUUUCCCUGGACCACUCGCUGGGAGGCUCACAAGAGUUUUCACAGCCAGCAACACCCCAAGCCAUAAACCCUGUUGACAGGGAACAUGGCUUUUAUGCGGAUAAAGAGGAAAGCACUUAUAAGAGAGAAGGGAUUUUGAAGUGCAGUGACAAUGGGUUGUACGGUCAGCCCUACUCGCUCGCAUUGGAUUCAGAUCAGCAGCUCCAGUAUCAGGCAGAAAUUGUGGUGCAGAACGCAAUUCAGCUUGCUCUUGCACAGGAAAACCACACAAACAAUCAUACAGAAGAUGUGUCCCAGAACCAGCCAGUGCUAGUGGAACAGAGAAUGGACCUCAAUUCUGCGUGUAAAGCCCAGGCUCCGGCAUCAAACCAACCACAAACAGCAGCUCCACUGCAGGAGCAUAAAAACUGCACACCAAAGAGUCCACUGCAGGAGCUGCCAGAGCACGAGGAGAAGAGUUGCUUCCAGCUUCCUGAGGCAGCUGAGCAGAGCAGCGUCACGGAGACCAACGCUGUGUCGCAGCCCUCGCUGUACCGGCCAGAAUUCAGCCCUUUCAGCGACAACGCUAACUACCUGCAACCGCCAGAUUAUUCCAAAAAUAAUGUGUUUGUCAGCCACCCGCAGGAACCUGAAGUCAUCGCACAGACCGGACCCUUCAAGCUGCGCUCCCGCAAACAGAAAACACUGUCAAUGAUUGAGCAGGAAAUCAGAGCAGCCCAGGAGCGAGAAGACGAGCUGAGACGCCAAAGGCAGGCAGUACGGACUGUGCAGAGCCCCACUAAAUUCAACCUGCCGUCAGGAUGCGCUUCCAAGACAACUCCAGGUAAAAUCGAGAAGCUUAAAUCCAGCCCACCCUCGCCCACUACAGAAGCCCCGGUAACAUCACCCCAACCAGAUCCCACACCUCAAGAGCUGGAUGGUUCAGGACAGACCCGCUCGAGGGGGCUGAUGGAGACACUGAUGGAGGACUUUGAGAUGGAGAAGGUUAAACGGCGGGAGAAACGGGAUCAACCCAAUGUCCUCGAGGCUACCCGGGUAACCCGUCGGAAGAGCGCUAUGGCUUUACGCUGGGAAGCUGGUAUUUACGCCAACCACGAAGAUCAGCAGUAAUCCUUCCACCAGGCAAUCAGAAACACAGGAAAGGUCAAGGAGUUUGCUCAAAGGACAAUCAAACGCAGCAUAUUUAUUCAUGCAAAGCCAAGCUGUGCUUCCUGCGGAAACGAAACUGUAGAAGCCAUCUUUAUGAACAUAACCGGACCAUGUACGAAGAGAAGCUUCUGCAUUUUCUUAAUAUUCAAACAGAUACUGCAAAAAUUAAAUAUCCCCCAAAAAUAAUUCCAUGACAGUCACUGGCAGUUGUGAAGAGUCAAUAGCUUGUGUAUAAAUACUACAAACACCCCUUUUGGUCCAUCUGCAUAGGCUAUGCUUCACUGCACUGCUGGUCACUACCACUGCUGGUGGUGUUAACUUCCCUGUACACAGGCAUAGGCAGCUUGCAAAAAUGUCAUGCUUUUUUUUCUGGAAAAUAAUUGUUCUUGCUUACACCUGGGAUGAAGCUGGGAAUGGGAGACGCAUUGAUGCAGCCUUCAUCUUCAAAGAUUGCAUGGUGUGCUGUGUGUACAUUGAGUUAUUGGCACAUCCAUUGUCCUGUUAACUGCAAAUUAUUCAUAGACCUAACUGUUCUUUGGUGCAUAUCCAUGAUCUGUCUGGCUGCGGUCAUUUACACAGCAGAGACAUCGGUAACAUAAAUAACAGUUGAAAUCCACGCCAUUGAGAAACAGUAUUUUGUUAAUUUAUUGCAAUGAGUAUGGGCACGAUAUUGAAAAUCAAGGAAAAACAGGACAAUCUUUUUACCACUACGGGACUGUGUAACAGAAGUGCGAGUCUGUUCGAAGGGUUAGGAGGUUAAGAGGAAUGUGAGCAGGACAGGUGGAACAAUAUUCAUGCCUUAGGCAACAAUCAGCCCAAAUAGCCAAAACAUAUCUUUUACACGUCACUUCACUAAACUUGUGUACGGUUGACGAUGGAUUCCCUUCCUACCCCCCCUCCCCUUCCCCCUUUCCUGGUGAAGUCACACCCUUAGUUGUGGUUUUUUCUGAACAUGCCCAACUUAAAGGCAAACUAUCAGUGUGCUGCACUGUUUAAAAGCAUAAACAGAUAAAGCCCAGUCUGUCACAACAAUGGGUCAUCUGCAUCCCACAUGUGCAGUGCAGGUAUCAUUUUCUAUUGUUACUUCCGCCUCUCUGCCAAUGCUGAGAGGCAAACAUAGCAAUAGGAAAUGGCAGAAAAAAAAGGAACUCCUUCCACAGCUUAGAAUGAGCAGUUGUUCAUAGUCUCUGACUCACAGAUCUCUAUGUAGAAAUAUUUCCUAAAAAGCACUGAAUUUUUUAAAUCAAUUGAACAAAAAAGGACAGUUGAAGUGAGCAUGAUACGGUAUUUGCAUGAUUCCUAAUAACUAGUGUUAUUUUUUUCAGUGGGUAAUAAUUUUGACACUUAAGAAGAAUUGUGGUAUUUAUCCCUAUGCUUUUUUAAAAUACAUUGACGAUUGUUAAGUGGCAGGGAGUGAGGAGGGAGGGGGGAACGCUGUGCUAGUUUUAUUUGACAAGCGUUUUCUCAUUUUUAGCUUUUAAUUUUCUUCUGUUAAAAAGGCAGCACAACUCAAAUAUUUUAUAUCCAUCUGAAGGGUCUUGCUGUGGCCAGCUGGGUGGGCUGGUGAUGUGCCAGUGCUGUGGUUGCAUGUCAUGCAGCUCCUAGUCUUUUCAGUACCUCAUAUGCAUGUACUAUUCUAAUUGUAGGUAGAGUAUUUGAAUAUACGCUGCAAAGCGAAAAAGGAGCAGACUUGACUACUCCCAUUUCAUCUCCACCAAAGCAUAUUGAAGCCCUCACUACAGUAGACCAGAUUAUUCCUCAAGGUAUCAGAGAAUGUAGUUUGUAGCCUGGCAGGACAUUUCAGGGGUUAGUUGUUUAAUUUUUUGUGUGUGUGAUAUGCAAUUUGCUUUAUGAAAAGUUAUCCAUCAAUAAUCUAAUGAGCCAACGAUUUUGGUGUAGCAUUGAUCCUUAUGGGACUGAGAGCCGAGCUAAUUUUGCAAAUGAAGAUGAGGGGGAGGAUUAAUCCAUCACACAUUUGACUUUUUUUUAUUAUAUGUAUGUAGUAUUCAUUAUUAUGCAUUGAGUAUAUGCUGUGUACCUGUGAGUAAACACAUGUACAGUGUUAUGUUUUCAGUCAUGUUUUUCUCACUUGCAAUGUCAUUUGUCACUAAGGUUUAGGCUGUGUAUAUCCUACAACCACACCAUUCACUUAUUUGUUGGUUUAGUUAACUCUAGCAAUGUUUGCAGACUGACUGAUGACUGAUUGAUGUACAGUAUUUGGAGGCGGUUGAGUAAUCUAAAGCUCUUUCACCACAAACCUCAGAGCCUGCUGUUAGCAAGAGUGAAUUAUUUUGCUGUUCAAGUGGAAGGUAAUUACAGAGGUAUUUCAGGUCUCAGCACUUACCUUUUGUAUCCUGCAUUGUUAAUAUUACAACCAUCUCGCAUUCUAGAAAAACUCAAAUUUAGGAGACUAAGAUUUGAAGGUAUCUGGUUUUAAGACCAUUGUUGUCAAAUUUCAUAUCCUGCAGAAUUUUGGAAAAUUCUUAAACUCAACUAAAUUUCGAAACCUUCUUUUACAAGUUCUAAAAUGAACUGAAGAAGGACAGAUACAAAGUUAUAACUGAAUUUAAGAUUUUGCCAAAAUUCUGUGAGCAGAUCUGAAAUUUUUAGAUGGUGGUCUAAAGAAUUAAACCAAGUUGAAUUUCAGGCCCUAGAAAAUGGACAUGCUCAGGUAAAGGGUAGUGUACUCAUGCCCUGUGCAUAACAGAAGAACUCCUCACUUCAGUUUUAUGUUUAAAGAUAGGAGGUUGGUGAAUAUUAAAGAUCCAGAACAUUGAAGGGCUAAAAAGGAUUAGAGGAACCGUUCCCUAAUGUCUUUUUUGAAGGACCAGUCUUUUUUUUUAGGUGUGUGUGUGUGUAUGACAGCCUGCAAUAUGGGUGAUGCUCUGUUUAUGUGACAGUCAAUGUGCAUAUGAGGAUGAGUGUGAUGACUUGUGUGUUUGUGAGGGUCUGUGUGUGUGUGACAGUAACUGUGU